UGUUUGGUAGCCUUUCUUUCUAAGCUUCUUGUAAAUCUAAAUAUUGCCAAAAAAAAGGCGAAAACCAAUUUACUUUUACUCGCCUUAUCAAAUCUUCCCUAUCCUAUUCGGUGAGACGCGUGCUGCAAACCCUCGUAUUUGUCGCGGGGUUUGCGGCGCGUGUACUUGGUAACAUAAACCUCUACCCUUUUUUGGCAUUUAUUUCGAUUUGGCAAGAUAUGCGGAAACACUCUCUCAGUUGUUUUUUUAAAGCUUGUUGGCGUUAUUUUUGUUGAUAAAUCUUUCCAAAAAAUUGAUUUUUAAUAGCGAUUUUGUUUUCAACCUUAAAAAUUAUUUUUCUCUUUUUUAACAUUUUUAAGCAUUUAUAGGUCUACAAGUUUAAUUUAUUAGCUUAAAGAACAAAAAAGUCAAAGGGAAAAUGGCUCGUCGUGGAAAUAACAUGUUACCAAACGCCCAUUACCACAAACAUUGGCAACGUCGAAUCAAAACUUGGUUUAAUCAACCGGCAAGAAAGCAACGUCGUCGUUUGGCAAGAAUUGCAAAAGCUGCCCGUGUUGCUCCUCGCCCAGUUGGGGGCCUUCUUCGUCCAAUCGUUCAUUGCCCGACUAUUCGUUAUAAUAGCAAGCUUCGAUUGGGACGUGGAUUUACUUUGGAGGAAUUGAAGGCUGCUGGGUUUAGUAAAUAUGAGGCAAAGUCUUUGGGAAUUGCUGUUGAUUAUAGACGUACAAAUCGUUCUGUCGAGUCUAUCGAGAGAAACGCCAAGCGUUUGAAAGAAUAUCGUUCUCGUUUGAUUAUCUUCCCGAAGAAGUUGAGCAAUCCAAAGAAGGGAGAUAGCAGUCCUGAAGAACUCAAAAUGGCAAGCCAAGUUACUGGAAAAGUUGUUAUGCCACAUAAAGAACAGAAGCGUCGUUUGAAAGCACAGCCAAUAACUGAAGAAAUGAAAAACUUCAAAGUUUAUUGCCAUUUGCGUCGUGUACGUGCUGAUGCUCGAAUGAAGGGAAAGCGUGACAAGAAGGCAAAAGAAGCUGCCGAUGAAGGACUUGGAAAGGGUGGACGUUAA